AUGCUGGCUGCAUGCUGUCUGAGAGACUUGGCAGGUCAGAAGCUGAGGAAAGGGGAGGACUUCACAAAGAGGUGGGUCCUCCUCUCUCCAUCUGCGCCUGAUGGAGGAGCUCAGAAGACAAUGGCAGAAGGGUUUGUCAAAGUGCCGGAGUUUUUGAACGGCAUCUGGACCCCACAGACAGCCCAGGGGAGGGGCUUUUGGGCAGCCUGCCAGUUGGAGCCUGCAGCCCUCUCUCAGGAGGUUUCUUUUGAGAGGAUCCAGCGGCAGGUGCUGCAGGAUUCCCGUCAGCUGGGGCUGAGGAGGAGGGGUGAAAACCACAGUGGUUUGGGGUCGUACUCUGCGGACCACCAGCAGUUUUCUCUGUGGCCACAGCGUGUGCAGCUCAUCAGAGCUGACAGCUUAAUGGGCUUCAACAUGGUUCUGGACAGACCAGUGCUCCUCCUGGGCCAGGGCUCAUAG